AUGUCUGAGGAGGAGGUUACAGCGGCACUAGAAACAGCGCUGGAGUGUGGGUACCGACACUUCGACACAGCUGCUAACUACCGCAACGAGACCAUCAUUGGCCAGGUCCUGCGGCGGUGGAUCUCUGAGGGAAAAGUUAAGCGGGAGGAACUCUUCAUCACAACAAAGCUGCCAGCUAACGGUAACCGUGAGAAGGACGUGGGCAGGUUCCUGCAGAAGUCCCUCGAUGACCUGGGUCUGCCCUACGUCGACCUCUACCUCAUCCACUAUCCUUGUGGCAUCCUUGGAACGGCUGAUGAUACAUUGAUCCCACAUAAAAUUAUAUUCGAUCCAACGACCGACAUUCUCGGUAUCUGGAGAGGCAUGGAGGCACAGGUUGCUGCCGGCAAGGCCAACAAUAUUGGACUGUCUAACUUCAACGCUGAACAACUUCAGCGUGUAAUUAAAGGGUGUCAGGUGAGACCGUCCGUGCUGCAGGUGGAGGUUCACGUCUACAUGCAGCAGGGGGCCCUCAGAGCCCUCUGCGCCCAGCACGACAUCCUGGUGUGCGGCUUCUGCCCCCUCGGAGGACCCUUCAGGCUGAGCAGUAAGACUUCCAAACUCGAGAAGAUGAAGCCGCUGCUGGAUGACCCGCUGGUGCUGGACGUGGCCGCUGCUCACCACAAGACACCGGCGCAAGUCCUCCUUCGGUACCUCCAUCAGAUCAACGUCAUUCCCAUCCCCAAGUCGGCGAAUCCGACACGACUGCUUCAGAACACCCAGAUUUUUGACUUCGAGCUGACGUCUGCCGAGAUGUCGAGUCUGGCCGGUCUGGACCAAGGGCCUGAGGGAAGAAUCAUAACGGAAUUCUUUCAUGGGUGCUCACAACCAUCCAGGUGCUCUGAAUUAUCAAGGAGCACAGAAGUUUCCAGGUGCUCACUAUCUUCCGAGUGCUCAAACGCUCCUGAUGCUCAGAAUCCUCCAGGUGCUCACAACCCUCCAGGUGCUCACAACCCUCCAGGUGUUCAGAAACCUUCAGGUGUUCAAAAUCCUUCAGGUGUUCAAAAUCCUUCAGGUGUUCAGAACCCUCCAGGUGAUCAGAACCCUCAAGGUGCUUACAAUCCUCCAGGUGCUCACAAACCUUCAGAUGCCCAGAACCCUAUAGGUCCUCUGAAUUCUCCAGGUGCUCACAACCCUCCAGAUGCUCACAAUUCUCCCGAUGCUCACAAUUCUGAAGGUGUUUACAACUCUCCAGAUGUUCAGAACCAUCCAGGUACUCAGAACUCUCCAGUUGCUCACAAUCCUCAAGGUGCUCACAACCCUCCAGGUGCUCACAAAGCUCCAGGUGCUCACGACACUUCAGAAGCUCACAACCGUAUAGGUGCUCUCAAUCCCCCAGAUGCUCAGAACCCUCCAGAUACUUAG